CGGAAGUGACGUAAGCGGACAAAGGCAGCGCGCGCCGCGAGCUGUCGCAUCUGGUCGUGGUGUGGCGGAGCUGCGGUUGGCUUGUGGGUUUUCGCCGCCGCCUUCCUCCAUUCCUCUUCCGCAUCCUCUUCUCUCGGUCCCGGGAGCCCCUGCCCGUAGAGAGUCGCAGUUGCUGAUCGUGGUGCUUGAGUGGAGCCGUGGUUGGUGACAGCAUGACGAGUGAGGUGAUAGAAGACGAGGAACAGUUCUAUUCCAAGGCCAAGAUGUACUGGAAGCAAAUCCCGCCCACGGUGGACGGCAUGCUUGGGGGGUAUGGCCGCAUCUCCAGCAUCGACAUCAACAGCUCCCGGAAGUUUCUGCAGAGGUUUUUGAGGGAAGGCCCGAACAAGACAGGAACUUCCUGCGCCCUGGACUGCGGAGCCGGCAUUGGGCGGAUCACCAAGCGGCUGCUCCUGCCGCUGUUCAGAGAGGUGGAUAUGGUCGACGUCACGGAAGACUUCCUGGUUCGAGCCAAGACUUACCUGGGGGAGGAGGGCAAGAGGGUGAGGAACUACUUCUGUUGUGGGCUCCAGGACUUCACCCCGGAGCCCGACUCUUACGACGUGAUCUGGAUCCAGUGGGUGAUAGGCCACCUCACUGAUCAGCACCUGGCUGAGUUCCUGCGGCGCUGCAAGGCCAGCCUCCGCCCCAACGGUAUCAUCGUCAUCAAAGACAACAUGGCCCAGGAGGGCGUGAUCCUGGAUGACGUGGACAGCAGCGUGUGCCGGGACCUGGACGUGGUCCGCAGGAUCGUCUACAGCGCAGGCCUCAGCCUUCUGGCCGAGGAAAGGCAGGAGAACCUCCCUGACGAGAUCUACCACGUCUAUAGCUUUGCCCUGAGAUGAGCUGGGGCUGGCAGGAGAAACUGAGGAACCACAGCUCGGGUGGGGGGAGCUGGCAGCUGGGCAAGAUUCGGGCGCCAUGCUGGUGGUUCAUGAGUGUCAAGGCGCCACUAAAUACAGCCGUCUGCCGUCCACUCAU